GGAUGAUAAGUUCAAAGAAAAGGGACAGCGUGCUAUGACCAUUCUCUUUCUACUGCAGUAGCUCUUGAACACUAGUGCGCUCUAGCCAUCUUCCUUUAUAAAACAUAUUUAUCUGUCCUGAAACUAGCCGCCUACAGUGAGUGCAACCAGUCAUGGCGGCUUCUGUCCCACAGUGCUCCACUCGAAUUACAACUCAAACCCCAUGUUCCAAACUGGAUUCUGUUGGUGGGUUUUCAAGGAAAAGCUCUGGUUUUGUACAUUUUUUAAGGCCCUCUGUUUGGAAGAGUAACAAUGCUGUUAAGGUCUCCUGUUCCAUUAGCAAAGAAAAUGGAAGUGCAGUGUCUGUUGCUGAUUCUGUGCCUACUGUGACUCGCUCCAGGUUGCAACGGCACACGAUUUCAGUGUUUGUAGGUGAUGAAAGUGGAAUAAUAAACCGGAUUGCUGGGGUUUUUGCUAGAAGAGGCUACAACAUUGAAUCCCUUGCUGUUGGUUUGAACAAGGAUAAGGCUCUCUUUACCAUAGUUGUCUGUGGAACUGAAAAAGUUUUGCGGCAAGUUGUAGAACAGCUUAACAAGCUCGUGAAUGUCAUUAAGGUGGAUGAUAUCUCCAGGGAACCACAAGUAGAACGUGAAUUGAUGCUCAUAAAAUUCAAUGCAGAUCCAAGUACUCGUGCUGAGGUCAUGUGGUUAGUGGACAUUUUCAGAGCAAAAAUUGUUGAUAUCUCAGAGAAUUCACUUACUAUUGAGGUCACCGGUGACCCUGGGAAGAUGGCUGCUAUUCAAAGGAACCUAAGCAAGUUUGGAAUUAAAGAACUUGCAAGAACUGGAAAGAUUGCUUUGAGACGGGAAAGAAUGGGCGAGACUGCUCCAUUUUGGAAUUUUUCUGCAGCUUCGUAUCCUGAUCUUGAGAGGGUUCCAUCUGGGGUAGCUCUUGCCAGGAAUUCUACUAAAACUGUUGCAGGGAAUGCAAACCUAUCACUUAAUGGCAGCAACUCUUCAUCCUCAAAGGGUGAUGUCUAUCCUGUGGAGCCUUAUGAUGACUUCUUGAUGAAUCCAGUUCUUGAUGCUCAUUGGGGUGUUCUUUACGAUGAAGAUUCAAAUGGACUUAGGUCACACACUUUAUCUAUGCUUGUGAAUAACUGUCCCGGAGUACUCAACAUUGUCACUGGGGUUAUAUCUCGAAGAGGCUAUAACAUUCAGAGUCUUGCUGUGGGGCCUGCUGAAGAAGAGGGACUUUCUCGCAUUACUACUGUUAUCCCUGGAACAGACGAGUCAAUUGGCAAGUUGGUCCAGCAACUUCACAAGUUAAUAGAUCUACAUGAGGUUCGGGAUAUCACUCACUCACCAUUUGCAGAACGAGAAUUAAUGCUGAUUAAGAUAGCUGCAAAUAGUGCUGCUAGGAGGGAUGUCCUUGAUAUUGCUAGAAUAUUUCGGGCCAAAGCUGUUGAUGUCUCUGAUCACACAAUUACUCUCGAGCUUACAGGUGAUUUUAAUAAGAUGGUUGCACUGCAGAGAAUAUUGGAGCCAUAUGGGAUUUGUGAGGUGGCACGGACCGGGAGAGUAGCAUUGGUGCGAGAGUCAGGCGUGGAUUCCACGUACCUACGUGGAUUUCCUCUUCCACUGUAACUUUUAAGAGUUAAGACUCUUAAUAGCUUCUUAUCAACUCUAGAUUAUCUCACUAGGCUUCUUUUCCCGCUCUGCUAUGUGGUUUCCUUUUCCAUUGCCCUUUUUCCAGAUAGGGAAUGGAAGGAAACAAAACCGAAGUUUCCCACACACUCUGGGGCUGUUUAAUUGCGGAUCAACAUGCAUGUCGGGUUCAGGUAGAGAUGGUGCUUUAGGUAGAGGAACGGGCAAAAUCUUUGUUCUUGUUCAUCGUCCAUUCAUACUGUUGAUCCUUUGUACCAAUGAGUUAAGAGGAGUGUCCUGUCAACACUUGAAUCAGUAAUUACCAUGUAGUGCCUUCUUAUUUUCUUGCCA